ACUGCCCACCGCUGCACCUGCACUGAGCACUCGGACCGCUCCUGCGCCUGGCGGUCCGGCGUGUUCUGUCGAAUGUGAUUCUGAGUCAGGCUCGGCGAGUCGGGAGAUAUAAGUACGGCUCGACUCGCAGGACUGCAGCAAAGCAAGAUGGCUGAAGAAAAGACCCUCUACACCUUCUUCGUCUACACGCCCGACUACACCGACCCAGACGCGCCCAACCGCAGGGCGGCCGUCCGGCCGAAGCACCUCGAGAACGCGAAGCGCAUCAGAGCGCAGGGGGUCAUCCGACUUGGAGGCGCACUGAUCUCGCCGGAGACGUACCAGUCCGCAGAGAGGAAGAUGAUCGGGUCGAUGGGGGUCUACCAAGCAGAGAACAUUGAAGCGGUGCAGAAGGUCAUUGAGGAAGAUAUUUACUAUACUGGGAAUGUGUGGGAUAAGGAGAAAAUUAUUAUCCUGCCAUGGGUGCCUGCAUUCCCGCUCCCUCCCGUUAGCCCAGAAUGAGUAUUCGGCUUAUCCGUGUAUCAUCGGAGCAGUCAGCAGCUUCUCUCACCCAGGCGCAAGAGCUACAACAGAGACUCAAUAUAGCUCUUAUUGGCUGUAUCUAACACCUUGUAUUGGGAUCUGCUGUGUCACUUUAAUCAAGAUAUUUGACGACAGAAGCGUCCACAGUACUCUUGUCAAAUCCGGCGAAUAAAGGAGGUGUAUGCGAGCGGGAGGCACAAGUGACGAUGGAAGUGUAUAGUUGAUGGAAUGUGCAAGGGAGAUAGCCUGGAUAAUUAGUAGUAAAGGUGCGAGAAUAAGUUACAAGCCUACGGAUGUGUUCUGGUUUAAUGGUGGCGGGACCUUUUUGAUAGUGUUAAUUCAAUAGUCG